UAAAUAGAUCAGAUGAUUUAAGCAGCAGCUCCUGACAGCUGAGAGCUCGAUCAUGAUGGUUUCUUAUAGUUUGUUCUGUACGCUGUGGAUGUUAUCGCUUUUUGGCCAGUAUUUAGGGGCAGACCUGCAGUUUUCUGGUCCGGCUAAUGGAGCAGUAGAAGGAAGUGUGGUGUUUGCUCCUGAUAACCCUCCCUCCACAUCAAUUCUUACAGCUCAGUGGAAUUUUGGAACAACUGUUAUAUUGUCAUCACAGUCUGAUUCAACUAUAAUAGUCCCAGCAUACAGAGACAGAGUCAGUUUUGACAGAAACACUUUCGCUCUGGAGCUCCGGAACCUGACACUGGAGGAUUCUGGAACAUACAAACUAUCUGUAGUACCUAGUGCUGGAGCCCAACUUACAGGAGAAACUACACUACAAGUGUUCGAAAAUAUAACUAAUAUCAGACUUAUUGGUCCAGAAGAAUCAUUAAUAGAGGGAGAAUCAUCUGCUAACAUCAGCUCUGAGGGAACUGGCAGCAUCCUCUCUGUGCAGUGGAUGAAAGAUAACAGUCCUCUGUCUCCUAGCAACAGCACCAUCUUCUCAUCUGAUAACAGAUCAGUGUCCAUCAGUCCAGUGCAGAGAUCAGACAGUGGAGAAUAUCAAUGUACAUAUAGAAACCCUGUCAGCUCUCAGACGGCAAAACUCAACCUGAUCAUCAACUAUGGACCAGAAGAUGUUUCUGUUAAGGGUCAGGAUGUGGUGGAUUUAGGGGUUCGUGUGUCACUCUCUUGUUCUGCAAAUUCUGAACCUUCUGCCUCAUUCAGCUGGAAGUUUAAUGGAACAGACACCAAUGUGACCACAGACACAUUCAUAAUAGAUGAGACUGACUUCACACACAGUGGAGAUUACAUCUGCACAGCCUCGAAUAAUGUCACAAAGAGAAGCGCUUCACAAAAACAUGCUUUACUAGUUAAAGAAGGAGGAGGAGGGCUGUCAUCAGGGGCGAUAGCUGGGAUUGUCAUUGGGGUUUUAGUGGCAGGUGCAGGCAUUUGUGGUCUGAUCGUCUAUUUAACAAAAACUAAUAAAAUCCCAAUGUUAAACCAACAACAAAAAGGACAAGCAAGUGGAGCAGCACAAAGCAGACAGGAAACAAAGGCUAGAGGAGAUGGAACGAUUCCAGGGAAGAUGAGUGAACAUAUAUACGAGAAUGACAAACAUGAAAAUGAGUAUGAGAAUAUGUAUGAAAAUGUAAAACUUGAAGAUUCAAGAAGGCCAAGGGUUCCUACUCCUCCUCAGUUAUCAAAUCCUCCUCCUGUGCGCAGGUGAGGAAGUGAAGACACUGAAACACAUCUACUGCAAGAUGAUCUAUCAGGCUGUAUAUAUAUAUAUUUUUUUUUUUCAGUUUUAAGAUACAAAAAAUGUAUAUGGCAUAUUACUGAAAUAUUAUAAACUGUUGCAACAAC